CAGCUUAGCAACGGAAGUCUGUGGUUCCUGCCGUUCCCGAGCCAUCGCUUCGACGCCAGCCUUCACCGCGUCAUCAUUUCUUGUACCGUCGCUUGCGACCGUGGGGCGCUCAUAUCGCGGCCUUCCGCCGUCACUGCGGUUAUACGACAAGACUACGUGGCACAAGUCCAGGACCAGAUGGUGAUGGCAGGAAAUUCGGCCUUGCUGGAGUGCCGACUGCCGGAGGUUGAGGAGGGCGUGCUGGUGGUUACCUCCUGGCUUAGAGGAGACAACGUCAACAUCCUCCCCUCUCUCUAUGGAGAUGGGAAGCACCACAUGCUGUCGACGGGGGAACUGCGUGUGUUGCACGUGUCGCCGGCUGAUGGCAACGCUAGAUUUCGUUGCCGCUUCCUCGAUACUUU